ACUAUUCUUGGUCGUUCGCCCACAUGUACCCCGGGGGUUGUUCCCGGGUUUUCCUCGGUUUUCCCAUUUAGUUUUUCCGACGCUGUGAUACGAUCCGGCGAAGAAUACUCAACGAUCGCGUUUCGUUCAAGCAAACGUUUGGCCCGCCGUGCUUGUUCGCUGGUUUGAGCCUUUUUGUUUUUCUUCUUCGUUCACUGAUGUGUGCCAUCGGUUUUGAAGUGUUCUUUGCUUUUUUUCUUGGCGAUUGUGUUGUGUGUGUGCUGGUAGUGUGAUUGAGGAAAAAGAAUUGAUUCAUAAAACAAGUUAAUAAAUGCAGUGAACAAAUAAUUAUUCAGUUAGAGCCGUGAUUGUAAAUUCGAUUAGUCCCAAUAUGACAUGGGUACGGAUGUGUUCGCUUGUAUGCGGUGAUCGCUGGUCCCCGUUGCCGUUGUCGUCUGGCGAGUGAUUUUGUUCGAGUUUAAAAAUAAGUGUGUGUGCGGUUCUGCGAAUUAUUAUGCUCGAUAGCUUUUGUUACAACACACAGUGCGGCGGAUGAACUGUGUUCAGUGUAAAAGAAAAGUCAGAACAUUCCUCAUUCCUUCUGCGGCAAGUGUUUCGUGCAAGACUCACACUGCUUCAACCGUACGACAUUUAUUUGCGCUCGCCGAAUGACUGAACUGCCGUGGUGUGGUCCGUCUGUCCGACCAUGUAGAUCUUUUUGCCAUUUUUCUUCCCCCAGACGACAAUGCUUCGAGCUGAACGUUGUUCCUCCGCGUGGGUGAAUGCAUCAAAACAUUUUAUCAUCAUCGUCUUCUUCGUGAUACGAUCGGGCAAAUAGUUGUGAUUUUUCACAUCUUACCGAUAAUUCCAUUAGUAAGCGAGUGAUGGUGAUUGUUGAAGCAUUAACUGCCGUUCGAUUUUGUUUGAUUGUUUAUGAUGGAGCAAGAGGAAAAAUGUGACGCGGCGUCCAACUUGGGAAUCGGAAGUACAUGUUUAUCCUCACUCUUCACAAUUAGACGCUCAGUAUUUAGUUACUGUGCAGUUCGAAUGUUAGACGAAAGAAGGGGCACCAAAAUGUAUCCGGUGCUUGCGAUGCUCGUUUCCGAUAGUUUUCCGUCAGCCUAAUCAUGGGAGACGGAAUGGUGCGGGAAAUCUCUUACCCGACAACGCACGCUCCUCUAGGACGUCGCCGUCUUUUGUUUGGACUCUAAAAUUAGACGAACGCGAUGGAAAGGAACAGCAUAACGCAUUCAGUUCAAUUCAGCCAAAAGAGCCAGCUCGAAAGACUGGGGAAUGCGUGUGCAUAGUUGUGUAUUUAUGGUUUGCUAGGUGUAAUAGAGGGUAGCAGACGCUCGCUACUCGCCUCGUGGAAUGCAUUCUCGUUGGGCGAGAAAUAGGAGUGCAAACGAAGGAAGUGACAGCUAGAACGAAGAUCUAUCACUGUUUUAUAGAGGAAUCAAUUAUGCAGAAUGCAAUUGCAGAAGCGUUUUGAAAAUCGCAACGGGUCGAACAGCAGUCACCCUGCUACAUCCCUCAGACCCAGGACGGCCUUAACAAUGUCAGCGAUCUAAUAAGCAAGUUCGAGGUACGCAACUAUCCUAUAAAUAGAGGACUGCUGCCAGAACUAUCGGCUUCACCCCGGCCGGGAUUCGUCGUCCCGGGUACGGAAAGCUACGAAGCGUCGUCCUACCGACCGUACGGUGGAUCGCCACGAACCUCGUACCAUUGUUCGCCGACUCAUUCUCCGCCACUGGGGCAAACGCGUCGUCGAGCGUACGAGUCGCAGUACCACGAUACAGCCUCUCUGAGUGACGGAGCGGAUAGUGUACGCCCAGGCAGGAUGGACGAACGUCGGUUUCGGCAGCGCCAUCCCGGCGGAGUUUAUUAUCAAAAUGGUUCGCUAUCCUCGUUGAACGAGUCCGAUUAUUACGAUGAAACGUUCGACGUUGGGCCACGCAUGCCUCCCACCGGAGGACGGUUCUAUCAGCAGCAGCAGCCACGUUACGGUGACAGUGCGCUUCUCGAGGAGGUGGAAGAAGCGCCAUUAAACAAGGAACAGGUUGCCAGCUCGCUGACACGCUUCGGUGCCAUACUGCAGAUGCUGUCCCGGAUCCCGUUUCCCCGGAUGUCCGUCACCGGCAUGGGGCUUUGCUCGCUCGUCGCCAUCUUCUUCUGUCCGCGCGCGAUCGGUUCGAAUAUAUUGUUUCCCGGUUUCAGACUACUGUUCGGCACGCUGUACCCGGCCUACGCCUCGUACAAGGCGGUGCGAACCAAGAACGUCAAGGAGUAUGUCAAAUGGAUGAUGUACUGGAUUGUGUUCGCCUUCUUCACCUUCAUCGAAACGUUCACCGACAUACUGCUGUCCUGGUUUCCGUUCUAUUACGAAAUUAAGGUGAUCGUCGUCCUGUGGCUGCUGUCACCAGCUACCCGUGGAAGCUCGACCCUUUACCGCAAGUUUGUCCACCCGAUGUUGACACGCCGGGAACAGGAAAUCGAUGACUACAUCAAUCAAGCCAAAGAGAAGGGUUACACCGCCGUGCUGCAGCUGGGCUCGAAGGGUGUCAACUAUGCCACCAAUGUUAUCAUGCAGACGGCCAUCAAGGGUGGAGGCGGAUUGGUGCAAACGUUGCGCAAGAGCUACAGCCUGAGCGAUCUCUCCGAGCCGGACACCCAGCGGACGCAGGAGGAGGUUGACGAGAUUGUCAACCGGCCGCAGCGCGUGCUACGUUCCAAGAGUUCCCGAUCGUCGUCCGGCAGCCGUCAGAUGGAGAUGUACUUUCCCGAGGUGGAAAUUGCCGGUGCACCGUAUCAUGCGGCUGCAGCGCCACCGUACAACUACAUUCGUUCGUCCGAUGAUAUAAGCUCCGGUUACUCGAGCGCCGAACCAGGGCUGAGCCGAACGGCUUCGAUGAGCAACACGGCACGCCCGAGACUGAAAUCGAAAACGCGAGAAGAUGAGUACGGGGCCGGUAUGUUUUAUGAUGAGCAGGACCUUUACUAUGCUGCUGGUAACCACGUGGGCAACAAUCGUUCGGUUGAUUCACUUCCACAGCGGGCUAGCAUCUACGAGGUGCAUGCCGGUAGUGUUAGCUCACUGCCAGCGAUAACCCAAGCGGGACAUACACCGGAAACGGAAACGGCAUUUGGUGCACCAAUCUAUUCCAGUGCUACGCAGCCCAUAGAACGCAUGGGUGGUGGUGUACCGACGGAGAUGAACGAUAAAUACAAACUGUUCCUAGCCUGGAUGGAGGAGCAACAAAAGCGAGAGAAGGGAAUGGCACCUGAAAGUGCUAAGAUGGACUCAGCAAGCAGUAAGACGGAAACCGAACCCGAAAUUGAACGACUUUCCGAGGUACAGCCCGAAGAUGCUUCUGUGAAGCAAGAUGAACAGGUAGGAGUUAGUAGCGAACCUAUUCCGCCACUAUCGGAAGAGACUGACAUCAAAACGGAACCAGUGCAAGACGAUCUUUCAGCUAUGGAAGACACCUUUCUGGAUACGAUAUCAGUUUCCUCAAACGAGAAUGAUGAGUUCUUGGAGGUGGAAAGCAUAACCGAACCAGCAGUAGAAGUGCAAGAACCGGCAGCCACAUCCACUGCUCACGAUCACACCGAGCAGCAAUCGAAUGAUACUGCUGUUGUGAUGGAAAAGCCUAUGGAAGAGAAUGUAGAACUACUGGAAAGUGUUACCAAGAUGGAGGAAGUAGCAGUAAAUGGAUCCAGCGUCCAGCCGGAUGUGGAAACGGAAUCGCAAACAGUGCAAGAAACGGUUGAAAUACCUUCCGUAAUUGAGGAAAAGGAGCCACCAAAUCUAACAGUUGGAGAGGAAGAACCAGCCGACAAGGAUGUAAUCCCAUCCCCGGAAUCGUCCAACCUUCUGGUGGCUGCGUCGUCUAACUCCAACUUAACUUCCUCCAGCUCGUCUCUUGCCGUGUCCGAAGGUAGCACCGGUAGCGUUAUUAAUCUCGCUCUCGAUGGUACACCGUCCGUGCAGGCCAAAAAGCAUCCGUCCUUUGGCAAACAGCGCAAGGCACCGCCCGUUCCACCAACACCGGAAAUGAUCGUUAUCCGAGAACCGCCCAAGCCUUCCCCAACCGUUGCUCCUGCUGUUGCAACACGAUCAAAGCCACAGCUAGCCGGCGAAAAAAGGGCAACGUCGAUCUCUCGUACACCGAUCCCUCCGGCACCGUCCGCUGGGUCGGAAAAAUCUAAGCCGAAAAAGUUCAUGAGCUCCCUGACCGGCAUGUUUAAGGGGCACGGUGAAGCAUCAGCAACGGCGAGCCGUUCGAACGAAUCGGCACACCAGCAGCUCUCGGCUGCUGCCGGACAUCCCAAAGAGACCGAAAUUUAAUGCCCCGAGUGUUGCGUGACAGGAAACCAUUGGCGGCGGCGAUGCACCAAACGGUUUUAUCGUUUGCGUUUUUAAAUUGCGAACGAUUCAAGGAAAAGAUGUCGGCCAGCUGUACGACGCUGCCUCGCACGAAGAAACCGGAAAAAGCCACCAAAACACGCUCGAAGACGGAAAAACCUUCGGUUUAAGAUGGUUCUUUGUGUGUGUGUGUGUCCUUCCUUCCCACUCUAUUCGACUCUCGUAUUGCUGAUUUUUCCUCGAGCUUCUUGUUUCCCGUUUGAUUCGUCCGGAAUGGGGGACUCAAAGACAGUCCGUGUGUAUCGGUGGAAGCUCAUGUAGAUGUGGUUUAGCGCUAAAGCGCAUACAUGCCUGAACCCCGUUUUUUCGAACCACAAAAUCAGGUACGUGGUGAAGGACGUGUGUUUCUGAUCUGAUCUAGAAUGUAUUACAUGUAUUUCUCUGAUGCCGUAGAAAGGGAGACACAUUAUAAGCAUUUAUAUAGUAGACAGUCGUAGUAGGGAAAGUUGGUCAAAAAACACCACCACGGCCACAGCGCGCAUAUGGAAAUGGAUGCCAAAACAAGGUCCCCGAUUGGGGCGCUCUUGGGAUACGGAAUGGGAUACGAAGUUAUGAUUACGAUGGAUGUGAAAUUGUAGUUAAAUGAAAUAUGUUAUAUGGACGAGCAGAGGUUGCACACCAACAAAAAAAAGCGUUCGGUUACAAUACUCGACUGUGGAAAUUUUAAGUUUAAAUCUCACAAAGAUUGUAACUAUUGCACAAAUCAACAGCUUAGCUUAUCUUUUCUAUUGUUUGUUACUAUCGUACUUGCACAAUACACACUGGUACAUAUCUGGUAUAAAGAUGAAACCCUUUUUUUCUUUCCUUAUCAUGAUGCUGGUUUACAUUGCCCAGGAUAAAUAUCGAUUCAUGGUUUUUCCCCGGAAUGGAAUGUAACCUUCGAGUGCAGAGUGAGAAAAGCAAAGUGAGAAUGUGUAAGGAUGAAUAGGAUAGGAUUAUCGAGGGCAUCGGCCGGAAAGGAUAAGUUAUAAGUGAGGUGGUGAUGCUGUGCCACAUCACACAUUAGAUAGUGCAAAUGCGAGAUUAAGGCGAGAGUAAGCGUAUGCGGCGUCGGUGUGUGAACUCUCUACUGUGUGUUGUGUUUACUAGCGACGAAAGCAUCAUAACCAAUCAAAAAACCAUCUGCCCAAAGGCUUCCUUCGAUGGGGUUUUACGCGCUUUCUUUCGCAAACCGGGCAGAGCGAGCGAGAAAGAAGCGUGCGUAUGAUAGGGUUGUUGGUAGAAAGUGUUCUAAUGAACACCUUAAAGACAAGAAAAGAGAUAGAGAGCAAAAGAGAAAGAGAUAGAGAACCCCAAAUUUGUGUUAGAAAUGUCCCUUCCCGCCUCCUUCCCCCACCCAAAUCCAACUUGCUCUCCACUUAUGUGUAUAUCUAUCUGCCCGUAAUCUGGUGAUAAGAGUUGCUGCGCUCAAUAACAGGCCAAUAAAUCAUAUGGAACAACAACAAAAAUUGAA